GCUUAUUCAUAACCUUGAGGCUAACAUAUUAAUACUUAAAGCUAUAAAAUUUAAAUUUGUAGUGUAGUCAAAGAUUAUAGAUAUAGAAAUAGAAUGGCGGUUCACUCAUAUUAGUUAUGAAUGGGAGAAACUGCAGUGCGCAAUAUGGCGGAAUAUGUCCAGCCUUCUAAGUAACAGAGCCUGAAAAAGUGAUUGUGUCACUGCAUCUGCCGUUAGAAGCUCCAGUUCCCAUAAAAACUUGAGACUCGUGCUUAGGACUACACAUGCGCAUUGGCUCGCCUAGCCUGAAAAAUUUGCUUUUUUAUCAAUGUUUGAGCAUAAGAAACAACAUAUGGGAUAGUUAAUGUCAGAUUUGUUUGCUGAUUUGAAAUAUAUUAUUUAAUUGUGAGUUCGGCAAGCAGUUUUGAGAUUUCAGGAUUCCCUCAUUCAAAUGGAUAGGACUUGGUCUUGAAUGCCUGAAAUAGCUGCCUGGAGGUGUUGCAAAUAUGACCACAGAGUGAACAGAUUUUCCUUGAAAGGGACUUCUCAGGGACUAUCUCAAAACAUCUGCUAUAUCGUUCUUCUCAGGAUUUCACGUGGAACGUGCCUUUUUUUUUGUGCAGUAUGCAUUUCUGUUGCAGUUUUUCUAAGGCUGAUUUCAGGUAAAAUUAGGCUUUACACAGCAAUUCCCAAUCCUGAUUUGUUACUAUUUCUUUGGACUUGGAUGAAGAAUUUAUAUGCUUGACAUUCUCAUGUGCUGGCAAGAGGGUGUCACUUGCAAAUGCCUGAAAGAAAGAAGCUUUAGCUGCUUAAUGUGUCAUUGCUAAGAGUGUUCAUCAUUGACCUUUAUGUCACUCAGCAACAAGAGAGCAAACCUUUUAAAAGGCAGCUAUUAAGACGCUUUGUGCUUCUCAGUUUUAAACCAGAGGCCGGUUUAGGGAAGAGUGGGUGUUAGGAGCACAUGACAAAUUUUUUGCAUUUUUUUUUUUUUUUUUCUCUGUAGAACACAAAAGAUAAAUUUUGUCCAUACCAUGAAAGUCAGUGGAGUUCAAAGUUGUUUGUAGUGUAUGGACCAAAAAUAUCUUUGUUCCUUUUGCAGAAGAAAGAAAGUCAUACAGGUUUGGAACGACAUGAGGUACAUUUUUGUUUGGCUUUGUGGGCAGAGUUUCCCUACAUCUGUAGUAUUGCCAUAACAUUAUGGCAUCUGAAAGAUGGUGGACCGCCUGGCAAACAGUGAGGCCAACUCUAAGCGCAUCGGGUUUGUGGAAGCAUGCUUUGGCACAGCAGGUCAACCGCUGGCCAUCCCAGGUCGAGUGCUCAUCGGAGAGGGUGUUCUCACAAAGCUGUGCCGCAAAAAACCCAAAGCCCGGCAGUUCUUCCUCUUCAAUGACAUCCUGGUGUAUGGCAACAUCGUCAUCCUGAAGAAGAAAUACAAUAAGCAGCACAUCAUCCCUCUGGAGAGCGUCACCAUAGACACUGUGGAGGAUGAGGGCGAACUGCGCAAUGGCUGGCUCAUUAAAACGCCCACCAAAUCCUUCGCCGUCUAUGCUGCAACAGCAACGGAGAAGUCCGAGUGGAUGAGCCACAUCAGCAAGUGUGUUUCGGACCUGCUGGAAAAAAGCGGAAAAUCUCCCACCGGCGAGCACGCAGCGGUCUGGGUGCCCGACUCGGAGGCGACCGUGUGCAUGCGCUGCCAGAAGAUGAAAUUCACCCCCGUCAACCGCCGCCACCACUGCCGGAAGUGCGGCUUUGUCGUGUGCGGCCCCUGUUCAGAGAAGAAGUUCCUGCUGCCCAGUCAGUCAUCCAAACCGGUGCGCGUGUGCGAGUUCUGUUACAAGCAGCUCUCCACGGGCGCCACCCUUCCACCCAACUCGGAGUUUUCCGGCAACAUGUCGGAUGACGACGAUGAAGACGACAGCAGUGACUAAGGGUCACUUUUAGGAAUAUUGACAAUUGACAGAUAAUAUCUUGAUAUUUUAGUCUCUCUAAUUUUCAUUCAGGGUUUGCAAAGGUUCCUUUCGCAAUAACACUUACCUAAAACAAAUAAAGGCCCUGCACACAUGAACAAAAGGUUUGAUGGGAAAUGUUCCUGCGUAUUCAUGAACACUACUUGCCUGCUCGCUCUACUUUCACAUUAAUUUCACUCUCAUAGACCAUUUUAACCUCUUUCAUUUAGAUUCUUUUGUUUGGCAAUGGUGCUCUUUCAUCAACUUUCCUUCCUUUUUGCUACCUUAUUCUUUCUGCUACUAUGCUGCUAUUCGCUGGAACAGAGAAUGUUGGGUAAUGUGAUUGCGGGCUGUUCCUAGGCAUACACUCCCUCAGGUGAAACUGUGUAGUGCAUUAUAACUAGGUUUUAAACAAGGAGCUGCAUUUAAUGCUUUGAACAACUAACCACUAACAAACCAUGAAAGUAUGUUCGGGUGAAGGUCUUCUGUUUCUCACUUUAGUCAGUGUCUAGUAAUUGCAAAUGACAAAUCAAAUAGAUGCUACUAAGCUUGUAAAUGUGUAUAUAGUACUGUGGUGUAGAAAGUCUAUUGCAUAAUUCAUCUGACAAAGUCGUCGCUGCCUCAGUGCCUUAUUUAUCCUCAGGAAGUAGAUCCUGGAAGCGAGAAAAUAUUUAGACUACAGUUUGACUUGGGUCGAUUCUUUUACUUUCAGACACCUGCCGCCUUUUGAUACCACACCACAUGACAUAUCCUGUUUAGAGGCAUUCAGUGACCAUAUGAGUGAAGUUAUGAUCAAAACUAGACCGACAGUCCAGUCCAAAUCAUUGUAUUAUCCAAAUAGCUUUUAGACCAAUGAUCCCAUUUGAAGCACGAUUCCAGUAUAUUGCAUCUGUACUCCACAUGUCCUAAACUACACUGGUGUCUCUCUCCAGCCCUGACUUUAACUCUAUAGAAAUAUACACGCUAACGUGAAGUUCGCAGAAAUCGCACGUCACUAAGGCGAAGGACGCGCUAUAUUGGCCCUUUCUCAUUGGGGGUCUUUAUGUUUGCGAGGUCACAUGUCAGGCCAUGACAGUCAAUCCUACACAUUUUGAACGGGAAUCGAAAGCAUUAUGAGGAAGUGACAGCUACACAGCCACCUUUUUGUUUUUUUUAAUGGCUGUUCAGCACAAGAAAAACUGCACUAACAGCUUUCCAAAGUGGUGUUUUAUACAGUGGUAUUAGUGGUGUUGGACUCUUUAGAGAGAUGCAGUAGUAUAUUUCAUCAACGAACUGCCAGGUUUACAGUUGUUUUUACUUUUACACAAGUCAAGCUGGUGGGAGAAUCAGCUAAACUUCUUGAAGACUGUGUCUCAGUACUGAAUACUUGAUCCCCUGUGAAGAUAUUAUUUUUUGCUUGUGUCAGAAUAACAAAACUGACAUUGAAAAGGGAACCUAACUUUGGCUAAAGAGUCUGCUCCGACUGUCUAGUUCAUAUGCAAUGACAUACACUUUUUUUUUUUUGCUUUUACACAUUUAUGUGAGACUUAUUUGAGAUUUAGAAAUAGGUUUACAGUGAUUGACUUAUGGUAAUCUAAUCUUGCUUUUGGAAUAUGACGGGAGAUUCCAGGAUAGUUAUAUAUUGCAUAACGUUUGAUUUAAUGAAUUGUUUUAAUCGUUCCAAAUUUAACCUGAGAUGAUUUCUUUGUUUUAAUUGGACUUAUAUGUUGUAAUAUUCUGCUUUAGUUGUAAUAUUCUGAGAUGAUUGUUAUGAUUUUUCAUGUUGUAAACUUUGUACAGUUUUUUUGAUAUAUAUUUACUCUUAGUUGGGUUUGCAGCUGUUUUUCUUCUUCAUAGCGUUUCCGUGUGGUUCAUGUAUGCAUUUCCUGAACACCUCUGGAUCAGCUACCAGCACUUUACUCUCUCUGCAAACCACAAGAGAGAGGUGGGGCCUGAGUGGGGAGGGGCUUGUGUAGGAUGUGGCCGGGGACUACAUGUCUUCACAUAUCUGGCCUGCAAAUAUAAGAUCUUAAUAAUUUGAGCAAAACAUCAGUGUAGAGGUUUAAACAGGAUUGACAUUUACUUUCCAUAUGUUUCCUUUUGCAAUUUCUUGAACAUGUAAUUUAUGAUUGUCUGUUCUUGAAUGAAUUUUGGGGAUAUUCUGUUUUCUUGUACAUUUUUGCCAUUUUUAAUUCUCAUGUAAAACUCUGAAAGGGCUGAAAACUGAAUGUAAUCCAUUAUAUCAUCAUUAUUAGAUACUAAUUUUGAGGAAAUAUACGCAUUGCUUAAA